AUGGCACCUGCGCCUGCUAGCAAGUGGGUCUUCCCACAGCUGCGGGCAAUGCUCCUGCAGUCCCCCACUCACACCCGGGACGACGCAGAGAAGGAGAACACUGAAUCGGAUCUUGCGUCCGUGUUUUGCACGCCAAGUCUCACAGAGUCCAACGUCCCAUGGCGAGUCGAGCACCAGCUGCGACGGACCACCUGCGUCUUUAUUGAACACUUGGCUCAAUUGCUGGAAAUGCCGACAGCGCCCAGUGUGACGGCGCAAUUGUAUGUACAAAGGUUCUACAUGAUGCACUCGUUUGCGACGCACGACCGAUUUCUCGUUGCCACGGCGGCGCUGUUUUUGGCUGGGAAGACGGAGGAGUUCCCGGUCAAGGUCCGCUAUGUCACCGAGUGUUCCAUGUACCUGUUAUUGUGUCGCGAGAAAGCCUUCGAGAAGAUUAGGGUUAAUCAUUCCUUACAUAAGUCGAGAAAAGUAACUAUGGCUGUGUGUGCUCGACGCACGCCGCCACCUGUUGCUGUGCUACCUUUCAACAAGAAACAAAAACGUGAUUUGAAGAACAAACCAGGUGCAAUAAAUAGCUCAACUCAUGGCAAUGAUAAGGAAGCAACCAAUGCGAAACACUUGGAGUGGCUCAAGGCAUUGUUGGAGGUUGUGGAAGUCGGUGAAAUUGAAGCGAAUACAAGCAAAGUGCUGCUGCUUGAACGGAUCUUGUUGCUGACCUUGUCGUUCGAAAUUGGGUCGCCACAGCCGUUUGCGUAUAUUGCACCGCACAUGGAAAAAGUGUUUAAUCUGGACGCGAUGCACCCGGAUAUUUCGUACGAGAAUAUUCGUCAAAUCACGUUCUUGCUGGUCGCGGACGCAGUGAAGAGUGGAUUGUGUCUUGCGUUCGACUGCUUCGCACUUGCUGCGGGUGCGGUGUAUUUGGCCUGCUUAUAUCAAAACCAGGUUGGGCCGAAUGUAGCUACUGAGACGAAUGACCCGUGGUGGACUACCCUCAGACUUACUGAACAAGAAUUGGAAGAAGUUGCGCGAUGCUACUUGUGGAUGUACGAAGACGGCAACGGCGAGAAAGCACGUGGACUCGGACCUGGCUUUCUAGACUUAUGGGAACGCUACCGGCCGAAAGAUAAUUUGCCUGACCUUGAGUAUAUCAAGGCGCUGGACGCUGGCUUACAGACGCCGUAA